AGUGUAGCAGUCAAAAAAUCGCUUAAAGAGUAAUAAUAGAAGAAAAGUCGAAAAAUUGAAAUUAAGCUUAAUUUAAUUCAUUAAUCGAAACGUUUAGGUACCAUAGUAGUUGCUAUGGCAGGUAGCGAGCUAUUCUACUUGAAAUGGAACAAUUUCACAAAGAAUGUUAGGCGAAUGAGAGAUGAAGAAGACUUGGUUGACAUUACAUUUGCAUGUGAAGGCAAGAAGCUGGGUGCUCACAAGCUCGUUUUAUACAGUUGCUCACCGUACUUUAAGGAACUGUUGAAAGAUAAUAAAUCGUCACAUCCAAUUUUCUUCUUUCAUGACAUCUCCUUUGACAUUUUAAAGGCUAUACUUGAAUAUAUGUAUUUGGGGGAAGUACAUAUAACUAAUGAAAAUUUAAAGGACUUUAUACGAGUAGCCGAAGCACUACAAAUUCGUGGAUUAAGUAAAGAUACAGCCACGACAGAAGAAGAUGAAGAAUUUAUACGAAAACGAGCGAGUGAAGAGCAUCUUUUACAGUCAUAUACACACGGCAAAAAACUUAAAAUUAUGAAUGAAGCAUUAGCUGCUGGACUUAAUGAUGAUGAGGAUAUGGAUAAUGAUGACAUGCAAUCAAUUCGCGCUCAACAGCAACAACAACAGAAUACAAGGAAAGAAAAUGCACAUAAUGUUCAGCCAAAAACCGAAUCACUUGAGUUCUUGGAGGACGUUCAGAAUAUACAGGCACAACAAGCAAUGGUGAAACAACCUCAGAACAUUACUUACAUGAGUAUGGAAAAUUUUUCUGCGAAGGCUAGUACUGUAAACCCAACACAUCAACAGCAACAUGGACAGUCUCAAUUCAUUCAAGCUGGCACAAGUCAAUCACAUCAUCAACAGCAGCCAGCACAUCCUGUGGAAUACAAAUCAGAGGACGAAAUAUGGGUUGAGAAGGCGAUCGAUAUUGCGUCAAAUUCAGGACAACAAUCAGACGACACAUCACCGAAAAGCACGAAAAGUUCAAAAAAUAAUGCGGCAUACAAAGCCAACUGCUUAACUCCGAGGUUGUUGCUCAUAUUAAUCUCUAUUUGUUUUAUAAUGUACAUGUUAAUAUUCAUCAAGAUCUUUUCUAUUCAACAGAUCAUGUCCUGUAUGUGCACGAGUCUAUUCAAACGUUUCUAAUCUACGACAACAUAUGAGGCUAAUCCAUAAUCCCCAAGCCGUAGUCUGUCCUAUUUGUCAAAAGCACUUUAAUAGCGAUUUGUAUCUUAAGCGGCAUUACGCAUCAAUUCAUUCAUUAAAUACUUCAAGUGCAUCAGAGAAUGAUGAGAAGCCAAGUACAAAUCCCGCAAAUAAUACUGGAAGUAAUUGGAACUAUAAUGAUCCAUCCAUACUUCAACAGUAAAUGAACAUAAAUUAUACAUAUUGAAUACCUCCAAAUGUUUUGCCAUUUUAAGAUUUUUUGUAGUAUAUUAGAGAAUAUUCAUUUUUAAUUAAAUAUCAUUAUUUAAAGAGUAUUCUUAUCCAUCGUAACUACUUAGCAAUGAGUAACAAAAGGAUGAUAAAAAAAAUAUUUAAGAUUAUGAUGUAGUUGUUUGUUUUAAUAAGAGAAAACGAUAAAAUAGAGAGUAAAUAAUUAUAA